AUGCUUCCAAAUUAUCAGACACUGGAAACCAUCAAUCCGUUCACAUUAGCACCGUGGGAGACUCGCGUGCAGACCGAUGUUGAAAUUGCAGUUAGCAGCUUAGCACGGAACGGCCUCGUAGGGUUUGGAGUGGCGAUUAAGAAGCAGCCACCUCGAUAUCGGAAGCUGAAACUGAAGACCUUUUCCGUGACACUAGGCGCAAGAUCAGAGCAAAAUCCAUUUUCCGCGGAGCUAGCAGCAAUGGCACACGUGUUGAACAUGCUUGUGGGACUGAAAGACUACAGGAUCAUGCUGCUCACGAGCAACAGAGCGGCCGCCCGUACGAUAGCGAAUCCCCGACAACAGUCGGGGCAGGAUUUCAUCCGCCAAACGUACAGGUUGAUGAAAAGACUGCAGAGAAACGGAAACCACAUCAACAUCUUGUGGAAAGAUGCCGUCCCGCAAGAGUCGGUCCCCAGGAUGAAGUCGACAACGCUUAAUCUCGCUCGGUCCCAAGCAGCUACGAGCAAUGACCUGCCAGAGAAUGUAGGAAGACACGUGAAACGAGUAGAUUCAGCAUUGCCAGGAAAGCAUACUCGACAGCUGUAUGAUCGAUUAUCGUGGAAGGAAGCGAGCGUGCUGGCCCAACUCCGGACUGGCAUAGCCAGACUCAAUGACUAUCUCUAUCGGAUCAACGCUGCAGAUACCGAUCAGUGUGUAUGUGGACAAGCAAGAGAGACCGUGGAACACUUCCUCUUUCGAUGUCGGAAGUGGACCACACAACGAAUAGCACUGCUGCAAUGCAGCCAAACUCACCGGGGCAAUCUCUCCUUCUUCCUGGGCGGAAAAUCACCCUCCGAUAAUCAGCAUUGGACACCGAACUUUGAAGCUGUGCGAGCCUCAAUACGAUUCGCAAUCACCACGGGCCGACUUGACGCCACUUAA